CUAAUCAGUCCCACUAUAAAACACCUUCAAUUAACAUGUCGAUAUUAAUGAAUUAAUUCUUUUACUUACUUUAUUUUUUAUUUAAUUAAUAUGUGGAGUAGAUUAAGGAACGUAACUUACAGGAAAGUAAAACGACAUCAACGUCAUCAUAAAACGACGUCGGCGGCGGUAACGGCGGCAAUGCCUAGUGAAUGUACUGAACCCCUUACGAGUCCCUUCGGGGAAUUGGCGACGAAUUUAUCGGACUCGGAGCUCCGAGAGACGGCUUAUGAGAUCCUCGUCGGAGCGCGUCUGAGUUCAGGAGGGAAAUCGUCGACUUACGCUUCGGAUUCGGAGAAGAAUUCGGAAAGGGCGGCGGCGACACCGCAGACGUUGACGUCAAGGGCGGCGAGUAAAGUGAAGAAGGCAUUGGGAUUGAGAUCAAGGAGGAAGAAAGCGAGUGAGAAGGCCGAGUCGGAACGAGUAAAAAAGGUGAGUACGAUUGGGGAAACGAUGCGAGUUCAGAUGCGAGUUUCAGAGCAAAUGGAUUCCCGAGUUAGAAAAGCUCUCUCCAAAGUCGCCGCUGAUCAGAAAAUAGAGUCAAUGGUGUUACCACUUGAGAUGUUGCAGCAACUCAAGCCUUCUGAUUUUCCAAACCAAGAAGAAUAUGAAGCUUGUCAAAGAAGAAAUUUAAAGCUCCUCGAAGCCGGACUCCUUUUGCAUCCUCUAGUGCCACUUGAUGACGAAAACACUGCUCCGCAGCAGCUCCGAGAGAUCAUUGACGGAGCAUUGGAGAAGCCUUUGGAAACCAGCAAAAACAAUGAAACAAUGCAAGCCCUCCGUACUGUUGUUUUAUCACUUGCUUGUAGAACAAGCAACAAUAUCGGGUCAGUUUCCGAGACCAGUACUCACUGGGCAGAUGGAUUCCCAAUGAACCUUAAAAUAUACCAAAUGCUACUCGAAGCUUGUUUCGAUGUCAACGACGAAACAUCGGUCAUCGAAGAGCUAGAUGAAGUCCUAGAGCUCAUUAAAAAGACAUGGUUAGUCCUAGGAAUGAACCAAAUGCUACAUAACCUUUGUUUCUUGUGGAUACUAUUUAACCGUUACGCGACGAUGGAUCAAGCUGAAGGCGACUUAUUGAGUGCCGGCAAUAACCUAUUGAUCAAAGUCGGAAAUGACGCCAAGGCGAUGAAAGGAGAUGAGAAUUAUUGUAGGAUGUUGAGUUCUACUUUGGGUGCGAUUUUGAGUUGGGCUGAGAAAAGGUUGCUUGGUUACCACAGAUAUUUUCGAAGCGAUAACGCCGAGUCGACAAUGGGGUGUGUUGUUUCGAUGGCGGUUCUGUCGGUGAAGAUAAUGGAAGGAGGAGAAGGUAUCUCAAAUGAGGAUCAUAUAGAAGGAAACGAAAUGGAUGUGGGUCAAGAGAAGGUUGAUGCAUACAUAAAGUCAUCGUUACGUGCUGCUUUUGUUCAGAUAAUGGAGACGGUAAAGUCCAGUAAAUCAUCAUCAACAGGUCAACAAAAUGAGCUUCCAUUCAUGGCUAAACUAGCAGAAGAUGUCAGUACACUAGCAUUCACAGAGAAAGAGACAUUCAGUCCAAUAUUGAAAAGGUGGCAUCCACUUGCAGCUGGUGUAGCAGUAGCCACACUUCAUUCAUGUUAUGGGAAUGAACUAAAGCAAUAUGUUUCAAGCAUUGAUGAAUUAACACCAGAUAUAUUGGAAGUAAUGAAAGGUGCUGAUAAGUUGGAGAAAGAUUUGGUGCAAAUUGCAGUUGAGAAUUCAGAGGAUAGUGAAGAUGGUGGGAAAUCAAUUAUAAGAGAGAUGCUUCCUUAUGAGGCUGACUCUGUUACUUCUAAUUUGGUCAAGUCAUGGAUAAAGACUAGAACUGAUAGAUUGAAGGAAUGGGUUGAUAGGAACUUGCAACAAGAGGUAUGGGAUCCACGGGCAAAUAGAGAGCGCUUUGCACUGUCAGCUGUUGAAGUGUUGCGGAUUGUAGAUGAAGCUUUUGAAGCCUUCUUUUUGUUACCAAUAACAACGCAUUCUGCUUUGCUUCCAGAUUUAGCCACAGGGAUCAACAGUUGUCUUCAACAUUAUAUAUCCAUGGCAAAGUUUGGCUGUGGGACUCAAAGUACAUAUGUUCCCACAAUGCCACCUUUAACAAGAUGUUCUAGACGGUCCAAACUUCCUAGUGUAUUUAAGAAAAAAGAAAAAGUUCCUAAGAAAUCUCAAGCUGGGACUGUAAAUGGCAAUGAAAAUGACUCAUUCGGGACACCCCAAAUGUGUUGUCGUAUUAAUACCCUAAACUAUAUUCAAAACGAAUUGAAUGUAUUAGCAAAAAGAGAUAUUACCCAUCUUUCCAGUUCUGGAACCAAUCAAGAUAUUGCCGAUCGGAUGGAGAAAGUAUUUGAAUUUUCAGCUGCUGCAUGUGUUGAAGGGAUGCAACAAUUAUGUGAAGCAACUGCAAAUAAGGUCAUAUUCCAAGACCUAAGUCAUUUCUUUUGGGACGGUUUGUAUAUAGGGGAAGUUUCAUCUACAAGGAUCGAUCCUUUCCUACAAGAGCUUGAUCAUUACUUGGAGGUCAUUUCGAUAACUGUACAUGAUAAAGUUAGAACACAAGUUAUAACUGAAGUGAUGAAGGUUUCUUUUGAUGGUUUCUUAAUGGUUUUACUAGCUGGAGGCCCUCCUCGUGCUUUUACCCUGCAAGAUUAUGAAAUCAUAGAUGAGGAUUUUAAUUUCUUGACUGAUUUGUUUUGGUCUAAUGGUGAUGGACUUCCUGCUGAGUUAAUAGAUCAAUUUUCAACUAAAGUUAAAGAUAUUCUACCCUUGUUUAAUACUGAUACUGAUAGCUUGAUUGAGAAAUUUAAACAAGUAACAUUAGAGAGUUGUGCUUCUUCUUCUGCUAAGUCUAAGCUUCCGUUGCCACCGACAACCGGACAGUGGAGUCCGACGGAACCGAAUACGGUGUUGCGCGUUUUGUGUCAUCGGAAUGAUGAAACAGCAGCUAAGUUCCUUAAGAAGACUUACCAUUUGCCAAAGAGACUUUAACAGUUUUUGCUCCUGGUGAAAAAAAACAGUCGAAUGAUGCAAGUUCUUAGGUGUAAACUGCUUCAAGUGAUUCAAAUAGCUGCCUGUAUAUGGAAAAUUAUGUUGCUUACUGAAUGAAAUGAAAAAGAGAAAAAAAAUACCAAACGUUUUUCUCCCAA